GUGAUGUUGAACAAGAGCUCCAGUGCUACGGGAGUUCGUGCAGCGUACUUUUCACACGAGAAAAUAGAGUGUGUAGUUCAAAUUCUUCUAAAAGAUGAGGACAGACAACCGCAGAUUGUUAUGGGAAGACUGGUUGGCAAUCGCUGUAUAUUUUGUUUUUACGAUUGGCCUCGGUCUGGCGGUGAAAUUUCGACGAAGAACGAGACAAGAAUCGGCAGAAAGUUUCUUUUUAGCAGGUCGUUCCUUAGUUUGGUGGAUGGUUGGGGGAAGUAUUUUUGCAAGUAAUAUUGGUGGUACUCAUUUUAUUGGUAUUGCUGGUGAUGGUGCAGCGACAGGUAUUGCAGUCAUCUGCUACGAAUGGCAGGCUUGUUGGACUCUGUUGAUCCUGGGGUACUUCUUUGUUCCAAUUUAUUUAACAUCUGGGAUUUACACAAUGCCGGAAUACAUGCAGAAACGUUAUCAAAGCCAGUCGAUCCGCACGAUAUUAACGUUUAUAACUCUUGUGAGCUAUGUCUUUACCAAAAUAUCGAUUGAUAUUUACGCUGGCAGUGUGUAUUUUCGAGAGGCGACAGGAUGGAAUAUUUAUAUAUCAGCAUUUGUUGUCCUGAGUAUUACAGCUGUUUAUGUCAUUGUUGGUGGUCUUGAAGCGGUCACAUUCACAGAUAUUUUACAAGUCAGCAUUAUGUUAAUUGGCGCCAUCAUACUCACUAUAUUAGGUUUUAAUGAGGUAGGUGGUAUUGAUAGGUUAUGGGAAGAAUAUCCCAAAUCGUUUGGUCGCCACUGGCGUGAAGUAGAGAAUGUAACCAUCAAUGGCACGACGCAGGGGGGUUAUGGUAAUUCAUCAAGUUGCUAUGGCCUUACUCCGUAUUGGGCAAAUAUGUUUCGUCCUUUUGAUGAUCCGGACUUUCCAUGGUUUGGACUCUGGUUUGCUCUGCCGAUUGUCGAGAUCUGGUACUGGUGCACAGAUCAGGUGAUGGUUCAACGUGCCUUGGCAGCGAAGAAUGUCGUGCACGCAAAAGGCGGAACAAUCUUUGCCGGAUUUCUUAAGAUAUUGCCCAUGUUUAUUAUGGUUUUUCCUGGAAUGAUCAGUCGUGUUCUGUACAAAGAUGACGUAGCUUGUCCUGAUGCCGAGAGUUGCAAGAAAGCUUGUGGAAAUGAGUUGGGAUGUUCCAAUUUAGCUUAUCCCAGGUUGGUAUUCAAUUUGUUACCAACAGGGAUGGUUGGGAUCAUGAUGGCGGUAAUGUUGGCAGCUGUAAUGUCCUCGUUAUCUUCAGUGUAUAAUAGUGCCAGCACCAUAUUUACUAUUGAUAUUUGGCAACGGCUAAGACCAAGGGCAAGUGACAGAGAAAAACUAAUGGUUGGCCGUGUUAUUGUGGCUGUCCUCGUAAUACUGGGACUAGUAUGGAUGCCUUUGAUCGAAAGGGGAGGUAGUGGUAAGCUUUUCCGCUACAUUCAAACUAUCAAUUUUCUCCUUGGCUCGCCUAUAAUGGCUAUAUACUUCGUUGGAAUGCUUUGGCCUCGAGCCAAUGAGCCUGGGGCCUUGGGAGGCUUCAUCAUGGGCGUAUUAUUAGCUGCAGCGAGGUUUGCAACAGAAUACAUUUAUGCUGCUCCAGGGUGUGGUGAGGACGAUACACGACCAACCUUUGCCUCCAUUAACUACAUGUACUUUGGAAUCAUUCUAUUUCUUGUGACUGUGGCAACAAUUAUCAUACUUAGCUUGCUAACAAAACCUAUCCCGAGAGAAGAGCUGGAUGGCUUGACUUGGGUAACAUUGAAGAAUAAAACGACCUUGCAAAACAGUCACAAGGAAGGAAUCAAAGACAGCAAGGUUCCAUCCUCUUUCGACAAAGAUAUAGAGUUGACAAAAUACAAGGAAUCGGCCGAUGAAACGUUCACACCAGACGCUUUUCAAAUCUCAUCAAGAGACCAUGAUGUUCUAUUUGAAAGUCGAAGAGAGAAACUAAUAUUAAAUAUUAGUUCAGUAAUUUUACUUCUGGUUCUUCUAUUCUUAUGGAUUUGGUAUCGUUAAACCAUUCUGUGACAACCUGGCGAAUAAUGAUUCAGUAUAAUGAAAUUUUGUUUUUUUUAUCUAUC